GGCGUUGGGUUUACAUGCAGCCCCCACUCCGCCGACCCAGCGUCCGCCUUGGCGCGUCCCGUCCUGCGUGUUCUUGGAGGAUCGCACAUUACCCAAAUCAGCUGUUUCUGUCUUCUCAAAACGCGCUUCGUUUUCAGGCUCCUUGUUCUUUCCCUGGCUUUAGGCACACGCUACGUGCAUGCGCUGUACACCAAUAAGGGACAAUGGUCUUAAAGGCAAAUAUUUUAGCUCUUUUAUGCUUUUGCACCAUAUGGAUAGGCUUGCGAGCUCAGCUGGACAGACCGAGUUUUAAAGAAUGUCCUGUGGACCUGUUCUUUGUCCUGGAUACCUCUGAGAGUGUUGCGCUGAGGGAAAAGCCACCAGAGUUCUACAUCAACCAGAUCAAGAGCUUCACAAAGACCUUCGUCGAUGAGCUGAAAGACAUGCGGCAGCCCUGUGAUCGCUACCUGACGUGGAACUCAGGUGCACUGCACUACAGCGAUGAGGUGGUGAUGGUGCACGAGCUGAGCGAUUUGAGCAGCGAGCGUGUUACUCUGAAGCAGAAGGUGGACAGCAUCACCUACAUCGGGAAGGGCACCUACACUGACUGCGCCAUCAAGAGGGGCAUCGCGGAACUGCUGAGUGGGGGCUCUCAUUACCAUGAGAAUAAGUACAUCGUGGUGGUGACAGACGGACACCCUGUCACCGGCUACAAGGAGCCAUGUGGCGGCCUGCAGGAUGCAGCCAAUGAGGCGCGGCAGCACGGCGUCAAAGUGUUCGCUGUUGCCAUCUCCCCCGACCAGGAGGACACCAGGCUGUCCAUCAUCGCCACAGACGCAAACUACAGGCAGAACUUCACGGCUGCGGACAGAGAGAGGUCCUCCCAGCUCAGAACCAUCCACACCAUCAUAGACCUAAUUACCAAUGAGACAAAGGAUGUGUGCUGUUCUUUUGAUUGUGCUGCUAAAAGUGGACCAAUGGGGCCUGAAGGUGAACCUGGUGCCAAGGGCGAGUCAGGCAGGCAGGGGAUGCCGGGGGAGAAGGGGGAUGUGGGGGAGGCGGGACGGCCUGGAGAUGCAGGGCCGGUGGGGUACCAGGGCAUGAAGGGAGACAAAGGUGUGAGAGGAGAAAAGGGCGUGCGGGGUCACAAAGGAUUCAAGGGAGAUAAAGGACAGCGUGGGAUUGAUGGGAUAGAUGGGCGUAAGGGUGACCCCGGGUUUCCUGGACUGCCCGGCUGCAAGGGAUCUCCUGGACCUGACGGAUUACCAGGGGAGCCAGGACCAAAAGGCGAUCCCGGGUCUUACGGUACCAAAGGAGCCAAAGGAGAGCCUGGGAGAGAUGGGGAGCCAGGAAGACCAGGGAACUACGGUGAUCUUGGCCCAAAGGGUGACAGAGGACCAAGGGGUCCCAACGGAGACAAAGGAGAAAGAGGAGACGAUGGUGCAGCAGGACCGGAUGGCCCCCGAGGGGACAGGGGAAUACCAGGUGAGAAGGGAGAGCAAGGUUCCCGUGGAAACCGAGGACCCCGAGGAGACCCUGGCGAGCCAGGCCCCCGGGGUGAGCCAGGGCGUGAAGGGACAGCAGGGCCAAACGGAGACCCGGGCGAGGUGGGCCGGCCGGGGGCAGCAGGGUACCGCGGGGAUGAGGGAGCCCCAGGACCAGAGGGACCCAAAGGCCCGAGGGGAAUCAAAGGAGCCCCAGGAGACAGAGGCCUGAUGGGAGAGCGGGGAGAAGAUGGUGUCCCUGGAAACGGGACCCAGGGUUGCCACGGUUUCCAAGGUUAUCCAGGUCCAAGAGGAGACCCAGGAGAGCCGGGAGGGAGAGGUACCCCUGGGCCCAAAGGAGACGACGGAGAGCCUGGUGACCCGGGCCUGGAUAAUGAUCUGCCUGGCAGUCCUGGUCCUAAAGGAGCAAAGGGCCACAGAGGCCCAGAGGGGAACCCUGGACCACCUGGGCCUCCCGGACCUCCUGGUUCUGAUGAAUGUGAGAUCCUGGAUAUCAUCAUGAGAAUGUGCUCUUGUUGUGAGUGUAAGUGUGGCCCGCUGGACAUUGCGUUUGUGGUGGACAGCUCUGAGAGCAUCGGGGCCACAAACUUCGCCCUGGCAAAGGACUUCAUCAUAACUGUGAUUGACAGACUGAUGAAGGACCAGCAGGUCAGGUUUGGGGCCAAUGAGUCCCGAGUGGGCGUGGUGCAGUACAGCGGGGAGAAUGCUCAGGAGGUGGUCCGGCUGGGAGACAGCAACAUCAGGACCCUGACAGAGCUGAAACAAGCUGUAAAGGACCUCAGAUGGCUGGCGGAGGCCACCUACACUGGAGAGGCUCUGCAGUACACCCUGAGCACCCUGGUGGGCCGUCUGACGACCGACAACAGCGUGGUGCUGGUUCUGACAGACGGGCGGUCUGACAUCAGCAGAGACAAAGUGCCCCUCAACGUGCUGUGCAACAAAGGCAUCAGGGUCGGAGGGCUUGGCAUUAAGGACUACAGCGGCAGGAACCCCAGCGAGGAGCAGCUGGGUGACAUCGUGUGUAAAAACGACCCCAAACCAGGAUUCACCUUCGUCCUGCAGAACUUCGCUGAGCUGCUUGACGAUACCUUCCUGCAGAACCUGACAACCAGCAUCUGUCAAGACAAGAAGUGUCCUGAUUACAAAUGCCCAAUCUCCUUCAGCACGGACACUGACAUCAUGAUCAUCAUGGACAGCUCAGCCAGCGUGGGCAGCAGGAACUUCGAGGUGACGCGGCGGUUUGUGAAGCGGCUGGCGGAGCGUUUCCUGACGGCGGAGCGGAUGGGACGGGUGGGGGUGCAUGUGGGCGUGGCGCAGUACAGCAGAGACACCACCAUGGAGGCGGGCUUCUCCUCCAACUACACCGAGCUCGCCAGCCAGAUCGACGGCAUCGCCUUCCGCAACGGAGCCACGGACGUGACAGCGGCACUCAGCUUUGCUAUCGACAGCUUCAAGCGCAGUGGCGGGCGCAGGAAGAAGCUGCUGCUGCUGUCAGACGGCCGCUCGCAGGGCGUGACCGAGAGCGUCAUCGAGAAGCGCGUGCGGGAGGUGCAGGCCGCUGGCAUUGACCUGUACGUGCUGGCCGUGGGCAGUCAGGUGAGCGAGUCCAACCUGCGCUACCUGGUGAGCCGAGGGCGGCCCUACGACGUCGCCUACGCCCAGCGGCACCUGUUCAGAGCGGCCGACUACCCCUCUCUGCUCAGGGGCGUCUUCUACCAAACUGUGUCCCGCAAGAUCUCACUGCCCUGAGCA